CGAAGCAUGAAGUGGAUGUAAUUUUAUAACGUUUAUAAUAAAAUAGGACAUACUAUUUGAAUGGUUGUUUCUGUGAAUAUACUGUGAAUCGUAAUGUCAUCGGACGAUGUUAUCAAGACUGUUGCCAAGAAUUUGAAAUAUUAUUUUGAAGUGAAAAGACUUGAAGAUGGAUUUGACAUAUCAGGAUCUAACAAGCUAGUACUUGACAGGCCUCAAAGAAAAGCAAGACCAAUGUCGGCAGCACCACGGGAACGAUAUGUCAAACAUAAACUGGAAAAGAACAUGGCCAAGCAUCACUUUCUGCUGACUGCGCCUGAGCUCCCGCCAGUGUUAGAAGAAAAACCAAGGUGUAAAAAAUCCAGAAGCUCUUCUAAAUGUAGUUCUAAAAGUCCAUUAAAUUUUAAGAGUUCCUUACCAGAGUGCUAUUACAUUUAUGGCCCACCUAAAGGUCGCAUUACACGUCCAGAACUCACUGGCUUUGGAGUGCCUCUGAAAACAAAGAAAAAGAAACCUCUGAAAGCGGGUUGGCCUGUUCUGCGCACAGUGCCUUCUACACACAUUUCCCGCGGGGAGGCUGAGAGACUUGUUAAUGCUGCAACAAAAUUACUCGUUGCUACGGAGACCCUGGAAUAUGUUCAUGUACAGAGACCAGCCAGCAGUCGGUCAGGGGCCCCACAGCCUUUUGAGAGUCCAAGGGGUGCUGGGCGACCAUCUACUGCAAAGUAUACCUGGGACAUAAAUGGUCGCAAAGUCAAACAAGAUCAAAUUAAGGCUUAUGAUGACAGUUUUCUUGCUCAAAGUACUGGUAAAGAAAGGCGUCAAGUUUCUGGCAGAAAUAAAAAUAUGCAUUAUCGACCUCGAUCGCCGACACCCUCGGAGAGUACUGCAACGACUCACACAUCCUACACCACCUACACAUCCGAUGACAGAAGUCCCGGCCGACCCAGGACAUCCAUGCAGAAAAGCCGCGGAAGGACAGCACCGUCCCGAUUUCAGGAGAGACCGAAGUCACCGAAGUACGGAAGUCGAACGAUCAUCAACGUGCCACAUACAGACGUGCAUGACGAAGUGACUGGAGGCGGAGGGACACAGACUCUCGACGAAAUCGGAACUCAGACAGAUAGGAAGGUUUAUCAGCAGUAUAAGCCAGAAGAAGAUGAGGUACGCAGUGGUCCUGUGGCAGAAUACCAAAUCUACGUGCGAACUGGGAACCGAAUCGGGGCCAGUGGGAAAGCUGAUGUCAAGAUCAUAUUGUAUGGAGACAAAGGUUGCAGCAAAGAGAUUGUACUUAAAGAAUCAAAACGAAACAAAAUCAAGUUUCAGAAGGGAAAAGAAGAUCUCUUUAAUAUUGCUUGUCAUCAUGUGGGGAAAUUAAGGAAGAUUAAAAUUGGCCAUGACUAUACUGAACUUAGUUAUGCUUGGUUCUUGGAAGGUGUGUCUGUGUAUGAUAUGCUAACUAAACGGAUUCACGAGUUUCCGUGUGACCAGUGGUUGUCGGGACAGGACGGUGACAGACGGACAUACAGAGAGCUACAGUGUGACAGGGACAGAGCUAUUAUUGAAGCCUUGAAGUCGGAGGAAAAUUUAUUAGAUCCACAAAAUGAAACAUCCGAUGAAUCUGAGCGAACAGGCACGAAGAAUAACACAAGCAUGCGAGUAAAUACGAGCCAGUCGGAAUCGAGAACCCCGCAGACUCGUCAGCGAAAGUACGACUCGGACGAUUCGUCAGGCUCCAGUUACACAGGCAGCAGCGAAAGUGAAAGUGACAGUGACUCUGAGAGUCGUUCGGAGGAGGCGGUGGUGGAGGUGUCUCACAAGGACUCCAGAGAGGAUUCUACAAGACACGAUGAUGCUAGACGCAAGGAUAUGAAAGAUGUUUUCUACGACGACCAAACGAAGGGUCCGACGUUCACGUUCCGGUCGAUUAACCCAGACAAGAAUGCAGAAAGGAUGAGAGCUGAGGGAGAGAGCUCUGGGCAGGCAGAGGAAGGCAGACCUGUUCAGGAGACUUUUCUGGCAGGAUACAAGGCUGGGAUUGAUGCAGCUAACAAGGAGAAGCAUCAACAUGACAAACAGGAGAGAAAAGAGGAACGUAGUAUUCUCAAUGGUCAGACAAUUCACGAUGCGGCCAGGAAAGGAAAUCUUGAGAGAAUUAAACAACUGCUGGAACACUACCCAGAGCUGAAGGACUCCAAAGACGAGAAUGGCUGGACAGCCCUGCACCUGGCGACAUCUACUGGCCAGAUUAACACUGUCAAGUGGCUGACAACAAGUGGAGUUAGCCUGGAUGUGGAGACUCCUACCGGAUACACUCCGAUACACAUCGCGGCCAUGAAUGGACACGUUAAUGUUAUGAUGGUCUUGGCUGCUAUGGGGGCUUCAAUCAUAAAGGAGACUAUUGAUAAGCAGACAGCAUUGCAUCUCGCUGCAAAAGGGGGUCACGCGUAUUGCGUGAAGUGGCUGGUUGCAAAUCAUGGACGGCUGGAUGCUGAAGACAACUUUGGUCGCACACCACUCUAUCUGGCAGAGGAAUAUGAGCAAAGCAUGGUGGCAGAUUUCCUGCGAGCAUGUGAACGAGAAUUGGCCAAUCCAGAGAGCAGCUUUUCUAUGCUCCACAAUCAGUACAGACAAGGAGGAAGACAUCUGGAUGCCAUUGAAGAAGAACGUCCAGGUGUACAGAAAGACCAGGGAUGGAUGCAAGAAAAGGAUGAUUCUUCAGAAGAAAAGAAAAAGGGAGAGGCAAGGCCUCUUUCACCUGAAUUGAAGGAGAAGAAGAAGAUUUAUGAUGACCAGCACACAAAGAUGGCUGAAAGAGGCGUGUCGUUUCUGGACAGCAUCAGACAGGACGUUGAUGAAGAUUAAACCCCACCUUGUGCCUUUAGCGAGAUCCUAUCAAUGCAUUUAGUUUGCCUUUUUUAUUUCUAUCUCACUGCCUGCAUAUAAUUGAUUAUUUUUACCUGCUUACUGAACAUUUUAAGCCAGAAGUCUUUUUUAUUUUUUAUUCCACUGCUUCCUUUUCCUGCCCUUCUUUAAAAUCAUGUAAUUUUUUUCCCCAGUCUGCCAACUCCUCCAAUCUUUGAACUUUUGCAGAAUGUUUUAAGUGUUAAAGGUUGUUAUGUAAAAAGAAUGUGUUUUCAACUAUUAUUAUUAUCUAUUUUGAUUACACCAUGCUUGUGAUAUCUUGUAAUUCAUGCUGCUGACUUUUCUUUUCUUUUCUCUUCACUGAUCACUUUAAUACAGAUAUUUUACAUCUGGUAUAAACAUAUUAUUAGGUGGUCAUGAGUACUAUAUGAAAUUCAGAGGCAGAUCUAGGGGUGGGGGCCAGGGGCCCAGCCCCCUUCUAAAUUUUGUGAGUUAUAAUUUUAAUUUUUUUUACGAUCCCUUUCCAAACCUCCCCCAAAGUUCCCUUGGCAUUCCGCCUCAUGUCAUUGCCCCCCCCCCCCAAAUUGAUUUUCUGGAUCCGCCACUGAGAUUUAUGAAAUAAGUUCAUGAUGGGCUCUGUUUUAUUUUUCAUAAGAACACAGAAUACCAUUUUCAGUUUUAUUUUCAGUUACUGUGUAUUUCAGUCUUAAAGAUUUUUAAUAUUAGAGUUACUCUUCAAAUUGUUGUAACGUAUUUGUAACUUUAAUCACCACACCGUUUAAUGUGAAUCAAAUAAGUAAUAAAUACCAGUAUUCCCUACUGGAUUUUAGGGGCUGAAUUUACAAAGUCUGUUUAUGUCUUACAUGCGUGUAACUACAUACAUUUACAAUGCUUAAACACCUGUUUAUGUCUUACAUGCGUGUAACUAC